AUGGUAGCAGGAGCUAAACACUGUCACAAGACUUGGGAUUGCACCACCUUGGAUGCUUGCUGGGAUGACUGCAAGAGCCGCUACGGUGGGAGAGGACUUUGUGAUGCCAUCCCUCCCCCUGUCAGUCCUAAGCAAUGCUUUUGCUAUUAUGAAUGUUGA